AAUCAUUAUGAAAUUUUCCUUAAAAUUGGCUAAACUUAUUGAUGUUAAAAGAUCUUUUGCUAUGCAACAACCGAACGUAGCGUUUACUCAGUAAUUUAAUUAUAUUUAAUUUUCAUCUUGUUUUUUUUGUAGUUUAUCAUAUCUCAUUUCUUUCUUCCCUAGAAAUCUAAAAAUAAAUAUCAAGAAUUUUUUUUUUCUGAACAGUACCUUGUUCGAUACAACAAUUAUUUAUACUUUUAAAUAAUCUUUCAUGACAAAUAUCAGUUGAAUUUUAUUUACUAAGAUAGAAUAAAAUACAAAGCUUAAACUUUUCUUCUAUUCUAUAAACAUCAUCAAUCAACAAACAAAUUGAUUCAUCGUUAUAGAUAAUAAAAGUCUAUUAGAAAUGUCAUUUAACAAUGUUUUCUGCUAUAUUUUCAAGUGGCCUUUUUACGUCAUUCACAUAUAAUGGAUGUCAAUGUCGAUGAUAAUAUUCAUUAUACUACUUCAUAUGUCAAGUUCUGUACAUCUCAAACAUAAUGAAAGCUUGGAUAUCAGAUAGAGAUAAAUACAAAAAUAAAUAGAAAAGAAAGAUGUUAGUGACAAGUAUGACAAAUGAAGAACGAGUUGAUACUAUGAACAAACUUUUUAUUAUCAUUUAUACACCAAUAGUGUCCGUAAUAUAAUCGUUCAUGAUAACGAUGAUGUUUAUUUUGCUUUUACAAAAAAAAAUAUGUGAGACUUUCUUUUUCUUAGAUUACAAAUAUUUCUUUUUGGUCUCAUUUUUUGGAACAAAUCAAAAUGAUAUUUUCUUAAAAAUUUGAGUCUUGACUUCAAGAAAAUAUUCUAAAUAAUAGUUGAAUUAAUAGAAUGAUUGCAACAUAUAGAACUGAUACGAUAUCGCUACACAUACUGUUGUAUGAUGAUAUAUGGAGAAACAUUGAAAAUCAAAGAUAUAGUUGGCGUAUCGACAUUCAUCACACUUUGGAUAGCUUUUAUUUUCUAUGGGUGUGGGUGUGGACGUUAGUGUGGGUGUGUGGAUGUGGGUGGGUGUUGGUGUGGGUGUGGGGUGUUGGUGUGGGUGGGUGUGGGGUGUGGGGUGUGGAUAUGGGUGUGGGGUGUGGACGUGGGUUGGUGAGGGUAUGGUUGUGUGUAUUCAUUUCAACUAUACCCACACCCACACACCACACCUACACCCGCACCCACCCACACCCCACACCCACCCACACCCACACCCACACCCCACACCCAUAUCCACACCCCACACCCACACCCAAAUUAUGUUGUUUUCAGAACAGAAUGUAAUCUUAAUUAUUCAGAAAUACCAAAACGUUUUGCAUCAUUUACUACAUGGUCCAAUGAAAAUUCACCGUCCGUAGAUGCUUUGGUUCAAGCAGGAUUUUUCUAUUCAGGUAGAGCAACAAUAGUUACUUGUUUUUAUUGCAAUGGAUCAUUACAAAAUUGGGGUUCUAAUGAUAGUCCAAUAAUUGAACAUGCUCGCUGGUUUCCAUGCUGUCCAUAUGCGAAACAAUUAUGUGGCGAAGAUUUAUUUCGUAAAAUUCAAGAAUUCAAACGAAUACAAAAAGAGCAGGCCAAAUCAACAGAAAGAACAGGUUCAAAUGGUGUGAUACAAACUAAUGUAACAACAAAUAUUGGUACAUUAUUGAUGUCUGAUGAAAGUACUUUAUCAAGACUCGCUGCUGCACGAUUAGACUUACCAAUAUCACAACGUUUAUUGGAUCAAAAUUUUCAAUUGUCUAUUAUAAAACGAUGUUGUGAAGACCAAUUACAAAUAAAAUGUGAUGAUUUUGUAUCUGACAAUGAUUUGUAUGUUGCUUGUUUAAUUCUUCGAAAACAAAUUGAAUAUAUCGGUGAUAAAAAAGAAAACAUUAUUAUUCCUAGUAUAAAAAUGAAACAAAUUCGAGAACAAAACGAGAUACAAAUGAAUAAAUCAAUGCCAACUGUAUCUCAUGCUGUUCACUCUAUAGUAGAAAAUGGUACAGAUAUUGAAAUGACAACAUCUUCUCAAUCUUCAAUUAAAUCAAUAAGUAAUGAUGAUGAAUGUAAAACAGAAAAAACUACUAUCGCUAAUCGAAGUCAAUCAACUAAUUCAACAUCAUCAAAUCCAUGUGCUCUUUGUCUAACUGAAGAAAAGCAAUUAGCUUGUAUACCAUGUGGUCAUAUGGUUACAUGUGUUGCAUGUGGUCAUUCGUUGCGUUUGUGUCCAAUAUGUUGA